AUGAUAUUUGGCCCGUUAGUUGAAGAAGUUCGGACGGCUGUAAAACGGGCCAAUGAGAAACUUCGUUGGAAACUCGUCAAUAGCGACACUGGAAAUAAAGCUGUCGCUCAUUGGUUGUUUAAUGAAAUACUUCAACCGGAAGAAAAACCAAUGAAGAAUAGGUAUUGGUUUUUACCGGGUGGGCACUGGAUACCAAUCAACUGCUCACCUAAAUGGAAGGUUGCCGUUCUGAUACCGUUCCGGGAUCGCUUCGAUCACCUUACGAUUUUGUUGCGGUACCUGAUUCCAAUGAUGCAAAAGCAACUUUUGCAGUUCAGUAUCUUUGUUAUUGAGCAGGCUAAUCAAGAUCUCUUCAACCGUGCGAUGCUCAUGAACGUUGGAUACCUCGAAGCUCUCAACUUUACCGACUACGAUUGUUACGUCAUUCAUGACGUCGACAACGUGCCUUUGGAUGAUCGUAAUUAUUACGGCUGUACCGACAUGCCCAGGCAUUUUAUUUCCGGUCUUGAUAAAUUCAAUUACACAUUAAGAUAUGGGGGCUACUUUGGAGGAGUCUCUGGUCUAACGAAAGACAACAUUAUCCGUAUCAAUGGUUUCCCCAACGUCUACUGGGGAUGGGGCGGUGAAGAUGAUGAAAUAUUGAAGAGGCUUAACAGUGCUGGUCUUCACAUCACUCGUUACGCAGGUCCAGUGUACCAUUAUGACGUCAUCAAACAUCAUCACACAAGCGCUCCUAAAAUGAAAGAAAGAUUUGACUUGCUCCUGAAAUCCCACGACCGACAGAAAACUGACGGAUUAUCGAACAUCGUGUAUCAUAACCCGGUUUACGAAUUCCAUCCUCUUUACACGAACAUUAGCGUCGACAUCCGGAGGAUCUAGUCUACAUGUAAUUCCAUGGCACUACGUCCUUGAAAAUCUUGGUGCACGCAUCGGCAUCUUAACCAUCGUAUGUGGAACGUAUUGAAGUUAUCCUAAAGGUCACGGCACAACUUACGACUGUUUGCGAUCCGCGAUUUUGGAACAAAUCGCAUUUUGCUCAUUUUCUGAAAAUGUGAAUGGAACAUAUCAUUUUAUUUU